GGAGGAGGAGGAGGAGGAGGCGUUAGCAAGCUCCGCUCCCCAAAUGCCGGGCCCGCCUUGGCACAUGGAGACGGGAGCCGCGCUCUUUGGGGCAGGAGGAAGCCCCCUUGCCCCUUUGGAGCCGAAGCCCGCCUGCCUCCUCCUCCGCUCGGCUUCCUUUGUGCGUGCGUGGGUCUAGAGCGGUGAGAGAGUGCUUGUGUGGCGGAGGUGGAGCCGCUCGCUGCCUCUCUCUCUUGUCAAGCCUCGGCGGCGGAGGGAGGGACGGAGCGGAGCGGAGCGGGCGAGGACAGGCGCCUUCCGAGUUCCCCGCCUUCCCAGAGAAAGGGACCUGGACGAAAGAAAGGCGCAAAGCCACCGCCAGCAGCACCAGCAGCACCAGCAGGAGGAGCGCCGUCUUGUUGGCUUCAGCGGCGAGCCAAGCCCUCACGGGUGCUGCUGCUGUUUCUCUCCCCCCGGCUCCAGCCCUUUGCCAUGGGGUGGGGGCCUCCGCCGGAGAGCAGCAGCAGCAGCAGCAACACCUGGACUAGUCACUGAGAAGCCCCGGGCAAGGAGGAUGGCCACUUCCAGCAACUCCAGUCUCUCCGGCUCCUCGGUUUCCUCGGAUGCUGAAGACUAUCAACCUCCAAUAUGGAAAUCAUACUUAUAUCAGCUACAACAAGAAGCACCUCGUCCCAAGAGGAUAAUUUGUCCUCGAGAGGUGGAGAACAGACCAAAGUACUAUGGCAGAGAGUUUCAUGGGAUCAUUUCUCGCGAACAAGCUGAUGAAUUACUUGGUGGUGUAGAAGGAGCCUAUAUUCUCAGAGAGAGCCAGCGGCAACCUGGAUGCUAUACUCUAGCUCUUAGAUUUGGUAACCAGACCUUAAACUACAGGCUUUUUUAUGAUGGGAAGCACUUUGUAGGGGAGAAGAGGUUCGAAUCAAUCCAUGAUUUGGUUACAGACGGCUUGAUAACAUUGUAUAUAGAAACAAAGGCUUCUGAAUAUAUUUCUAAAAUGACAACAAAUCCUAUCUAUGAACACAUUGGAUAUGCCACUUUGCUUAGAGAAAAAGUUUCCCGGAGACUGAGUAGAACAAAAGCCGAAUCAAGAAAAGCUAGUGUAACGGCAUGUGAAGAAACGACACCAGUUGAAAAGAUCACAUCUUUGGUCCGGAGAGCUGCGUUAACACAAAAUGACAACUAUUUCAACUAUGAAAAAGCACAUAACUUUAAGGUCCAUACAUUUCGAGGUCCACAUUGGUGUGAAUAUUGUGCCAAUUUCAUGUGGGGACUCAUUGCUCAGGGAGUGAGAUGUUCAGAUUGCGGACUCAACGUACAUAAACAGUGUUCAAAAUAUGUUCCCAAUGACUGUCAGCCGGACCUCAAAAGGAUCAAACGAGUGUACUGCUGUGAUCUCACUACGCUAGUGAAAGCGCACAACACACAAAGACCCAUGGUGGUGGAUAUUUGCAUUCGGGAAAUUGAAGCACGAGGUUUGAAGUCAGAAGGGAUUUACAGAGUCUCAGGGUUCACCGAACACAUUGAAGAUGUCAAAAUUGCCUUUGAUCGAGAUGGUGACAAGGCUGAUGUUUCCGCCAACCUGUAUCCAGAUAUAAAUAUAAUUGCUGGAGCAUUAAAGCUGUAUUUCAGAGACUUGCCCAUUCCCAUCAUCACUUAUGAUACGUAUUCCAAGUUUAUAGAGGCAGCAAAACUCUGCAAUCCUGAUGAAAGGCUAGAAGCUGUCCAUGAAGUGCUGCUGUUACUUCCUGCUGCUCACUAUGAGACGCUUCGAUAUCUGAUGAUUCAUCUCAAAAAGAUUACAAUGAAUGAAAAAGAUAAUUUUAUGAGUGCUGAAAAUCUGGGAAUUGUGUUUGGACCCACUUUAAUGAGACCUCCAGAAGACAGCACCCUUGCUACCCUCAAUGACAUGCGGUACCAGAAGCUGAUUGUACAGAUAUUAAUAGAAAAUGAAGAUGUUUUGUUUUAGGCACAGCUGUAAAUUCAUAGCUAUCUGCUAUGAGAAUAUAAGUUUGACAGAAAACAAAUCCACAAUUUUUAAAAAGAAAAGGAACCCGAGUAGCACUUCAUUUUCUGCAGUUUGCAGAUGAAUGCUAGAAGAUUUAAUAAAGGGUAUGUCUCAUAGACAUAUGCCUCUUUUUAUUAUUUAAGAGACAAGAAAGGUGAGGGAAAUGGUCUUGCCUUGCAUCUUUUGCCUUCCUUUCAGUGUGUGUGAGUGGGGAGGGGAAUAUAAAAAAAGGUUACAGACUAUUCUCCCAUUAACUUAUUAAAGGACACAAUUUUGUACAUUUAUUUAGAUCAUUGAAGCAGAAAGAUACAGUCGGCAUGAUUCUGAAGAUGCUGUGCUGACCCAUUUCUAUUGAAAAGAACUAGGCUAGCACAGCAACUUUGAGGAUGGGAGCCAUAUACUCCAGUCCCUCUGGGUCAGAUCAUAUGUACAAAGAGAUUUCAUUUUGGAUGCCCUUACCAGGCACAUCUACAUAAAAGGAUCUCUCUAGAGCAGUGUUUCUCAACUGGGGGUUGGGACCUUUGGAGGGGGGUUGCAAGGGGGGGUUUCAGAAGGGUCGCCAAAGACCAGCAGAAAACACAUAUUUCUAAUGGUCUUAGGAACCCCUUUGACAGAAAAGGCUGAAGAUCUCUUCGCCUGCUCUUCUCUUCCUUUUUGGAAACAGACAGUGAACCUCCCACCAAAAGCCCUCCUCUUGCUCUCUGGAUGUAGAUGUACUACAACUCCAAAACUAAGGUCAAUGCCUACCAAAGCCUUCCUGUAUUUUCUGUUAGCUAUAAUAGUUCUGUGUGCCAAGUUUGGUUCAAUUCCAUUGUUGAUGGAGUUCAAAAUGCUCUUUGAUUGUAGGUGAACUAUAAAUCCCAGUAACUACAACUCCCAAAUGACAAAAUCAAUCCUCCCAACCCCACUAGUAUUCACAUUUGGUUGUAUCAGGUAUUGUGCCAAAUUUGGUCCAGUGAAUGAAAAUAAAUCCUUCAUAUCGGAUGCCUAGAGAGAACAUUUACAUUAUGAUUCAGAACAGUAGCAAAAUUACAGUUAUGAAGUAGCAACUAAAAUAGUGUUAUGGUUGGGCAUCACCACAACAUGAGGAACUGUAUUAAGGGGUGGCAGCAUUGGGAAGGUUGAGAACCACUGCUCUAGAGCACAUGUGUCAAACACAAGACCCACAGGUCAAAUCCGGCCUGCCACGUUAUUUUAUAUGGCCCAUGAGGCUUUCAAUGCCAGGGCAACACAGUGAAAUUUAUAGUCUUACCAUUACAAAUGACUCUUUGAAGGCAACCAUAAGGCUGAUGUGGCCCUUGGUGAAAAUGGGUUUGACACCCCUGCUCUAGACCCAUGAUCAUCAUGUGGAAACAGAUGCCAUUAUUCUUGUUGACAUUUAUUUCCCAUGUGAUAACCAUAAUACAUAGCUCCACAUGCACUGGUAUCUUACAUUAUUUCCCUCUUGUAUAAAAAUAAUUCACUUGAGAUGCAUCAAAUGACCAUGAUUCACAACCUGGUGCUAGUCAGAACCCUGCUCAUGAAGACACUCCCUAAUUUUCUUCUAUGUUCAGCAAAGUUUUCUGCAAAGAGAAUGAAGGAUUCCCAUAUGCACAGAGAAUAUUCCCAUGUAUGAAGAAGAAUCAGAAGGUGCUUUACCUUGUCCAAGAUAUUUAGUUUCAGGAUGUUUGUCCGUGUUCGCUGUAUAUGGAUAUACGAUUUCUCUCUAUGUAAGACAUAAUUAUAUAUGUCUAAAGUGAAACAAGACAUGUAUUUAAUAUAUAUAUAUAUAUAACUUUAGUUCGCUGCAGGAAUGUCUUUUUUUAUUUUAGCAAAAUAUAAUUCAAUGCGGUGCAUUGAUGAUUUUUCAUAUAUUCCUCUUAAACAUUUUUGCUAUGGCAUAUUGAGAACAUUCACCAGUACAGCAGUAUUAUUCUGACAUAUGUCUUUCAUUGCAACUGGUUUUGAGACAACGUCCAUUUCUUAUGCAUACUUUAACAUUCUUUGGUUUUUGUUAUAUUCUAGGAAUUAAUAGUACACUUGCUUUUAAAGAUAUGGUAUUCUGGAACAAAAUACCGUAUUAUUUGUAUCUUCCCCUGAGAGGGGGAAUGAAGGAUUUUGAAAUAGCUUUGGCAAUAGCAGCAAUUACUAUACAUUAUUCAUAUUUAAAAUAGGAGGUACCAGAAUAUUGGAUAUGUUCUGGUAUUAUUGGGAUUAGCACUUAAAAUAAUUGAGUUACUAUGUUGAUGUUUUAAAAUGCCAAGAUACUUUUACAUUGCUGUUGUAUUUAUAAAAGUAAACCUGUUCAAAAUGAAGCAUUUUUCUGCAAUGUCUUCCGGCAAAUUUGUUAAUAAAGGAAAUAUAAAGCAAAUGUGUUCGAGAGAGUGAGAAUUGGUAUAUUACCAAAUCUCAUGGGGGUUUUGUGUCUGUGCUUCCACUGGUUGACCUCUUGGUCUAAAAUUAUGUGGUCCCUUCUAAAUAUUAGACUUUUUCCCCCUGCCAUGAGAUUUUUGUGCAAAUAUUUGAAACACAAGAUGUAGCAUAGUUUAUUGCAAACCUGAAUUUUAAAGAAGAAGAAAAAUAUUUAAUUUGUGUUAAUCACAAGUUUCAAAACCAAAUUGUACUAUUUCCUGAAUUGUUUCAGGGAUCACAGAUUUCUAUACAAGUUUUUUUUUAAAUUUCAGUAAUGUUGAUGGAAGGGGGGGUGAAGACAAAGGGAGCACAAAGGGGGUAAACAACAUAUAUUAGUUAUCCUUUGCAUAGGUCACCAAGGACUAGGUAGGCAGACCCGAAGGUAGGGAGAUGAGAUUUGCAGGUACAAUAUUACCAGAGAUUCUCAUAAAUUGUAAAGAUUUAAUUGUUGUAGGUUAUGUACUAAAUACUUGUUGAAAAUGGUAUGGAAAUGGUUUUAUUUUGUGAAGUGAAAUAUGCUUUGUAAUUUAUGAUGGUGUAAAUGGAAAGGGAAAACAACUCCCAUUAAAUGUGUUUUGAGUCCCUGUCUGUAA